AGUCAGGACUUGUGGCACUGCCCACACACUACCAGUGAGGAGACUGUCAACACUCACUACCAGUAGGGAGACUGCGUACAUACUACCAGUAGGGAGACUGCGUACAUACUACCAGUAGGAGACUGCGUACAUACUACCAGUAGGAAGACUGCCUACACACUACCAGUAGGGAGACUGUGUACAUACUACCAGUAGGAAGACUGCCUACACACUACCAGUAGGGAGACUGUGUACAUACUACCAGUAGGAAGACUGCGUACAUACUACCAGUAGGAAGACUGCCUACAUAAUACCAGUGGGGAGACUGCCUACACACUACCAGUAGGAAGACUGCCUACAUACUACCAGUAGGAAGACUGCCUACAUAAUACCAGUGGGGAGACUGCCUACACACUACCAGUAGGAAGACUGCCUACACACUACCAGUGGGGAGACCUAGAGGAGGAUAUGGAUAUCACAGAUUCACCUGUGAAGGGAGGUAUCUCUAUACUUCACACAGAGGAGGAUGGGAAACACCACUAUGAAGUGGAGAAGAUCCUCAAGUUCAAGAAAGGAGGACAAGGAGGAGGAGCCUUCGCCAGUGAAGGAGACAAGCUCCUGACCAUCAAUGGAGUGGACCUACAGGAUCUAUCCCCAGAGGCCUUCGCCAAGAUUCUGACGGAAGGAAACCCCAUGUUGACUGUCCACCAAGCCAGCAGGGCUCCUCCACCAGGGAGAUGCCCAGAGGAGGGGGCUGAGGCCAGGGCUCUCCACCCGGUCUCCAAGGAGAGCACCAUACUCAGCUUCAGUCUGGAGAUGAGACGAGAGGAUGACCUGGACGACCUGGAGAGUGACUCCUAUCACCCCAUGGAAGACCUCACAGAAGAGGAUGUCAACAAAGCCGAUGGGGAGGUUGACGAUCUGUUCCUGGUUGCCAUGACGAACACCAGAAUCUCUGUGGUGAGGGGGCGUGGCUGCGGUGACGGGAGCUCUUGUCACAACUGUGGCAAGUCGGAUUGUAACUUCAACGAGGUUGUCAUGGUCGCAGAGUCCAGCAAAGUCACCCUGGUGUCACGAGGAAUGGGCAACUUGGAAAAAGUACAACAGGUGGACAACCUCUUUAUUGAAAACUAUUUAUAUCGCACGUACCUUCGACGUAGACUCACACAUAAGAUGUGGAGUUUUCCUAGUUUGUCAGCAACUCCAGAGAAGAUCACCAUCUAUCACUACAAGUCUGACUGUGUGGACGGAGAGUUUCGGGGCGUCCCUGUGGUGCUCAACUUCACCAGCUCUAACUGUUUCCUCAAGUGUGUUAAGGACGGAGAGCGAGUCUCUCUCUGUGUUGGGACUUGUGACAAACACAGACUGAAAAGCAUCAGGAAGGAUGAUGAGGAGAUCCAGGCGUUUGUCUUCUACAUGAAGGCUGAAAUGAGCAAACAACGCCGGUUUGAGUCCGCCUACUGCCAGGGCUGGUUCAUCCACACUUCUAACAAGACCAAAGUAGUGUUGGGGAAACCCCAGGGGAUGACUGGGGACCAGUCAUUCUUCUUUGUCAUCCAUAAAUGAUGAAGAGGGUUUAUUUCUGCAUGUUAUGUUUCUCUAUGUAGUUUCUAUAGUGUAUUUUAUACCCCCAUUUUGUACCACCAUUUUAUACCACCAUUUUGUGCCACCAUUUUGUACCACCAUUUUGUACCACCAUUUUAUACCACCAUUUUGUACCACCAUUUUGUACCACCAUUUUGUACCACCAUUUUAUACCAUCUCAUUUUGUAUUGAUCCCAUGAGUCCCUGGAAAACAAUGAUGAUUGCUGAGUGGGCUAUACUGGCUACCAUAAAUAUACUGUUGAUUCAUUGAAUGUAAAGAAACAGAGCCCAGGAAAAGAAUGGAUGUGUACUGAUAUUACAAUGUGUGUGUGUGUGUGUGUGUGUGUGUGUGUGUGUGUGUGUGUGUGUGUGUGUGUGUGUGUGUGUGUGUGUGUGUGUGUGUGUGUGUGUGUGUGUGUGUGUGUGUGUGUGUGUGUGUGUGUGUGUGUGUGUGUGUAAUGCAGCAGUGGCCUGUUUAUUCUGCUAUUGCAGAGAGAAGUAGCUAUGUAUCAUACAAACAAAUGCUAAUUAUUUGUGUAUUUGUCAGUUAUUGAUCGUUUAGUCAGAUGAGUAA